AUGACCCUCGAAGCCGACGCGCCACAGCUGACCAUCACGCCGCACCACGCGACCUUUGUCGCCGAGGUCUCCGGGGCAGACCUCACCAACCCGACCCACGCGCUCGUGGCGGCGCUGAAAUCCGCGCUUGCCCAGCACGGCGUGCUCGUCUUCCGCCGCACCGGCUUAACAGACGACACGCACGUCGCCCUCUCGCGCGCCUUCGGCGAGCUGGACGACGUGACGCCGUACAACAAGCUCGGGCGGAUCAACCGGCUAGCCUACGACGAGCUGUUCGACGUGAGCAAUGUCGACGCUGAGGGCGCCAUUAUCCAGCCCGAGUCUCAGCGCGGGGUGCUAGGGAAAGGAAAUACCCUGUUCCACGUCGACUCGGCGUUCAACCCCCGGCGCGCGGGGUACAGCCUGCUGCUGGCGCACCAGCUCCCGCCCAAAGGCACGGGCGGGGAGACCGAGUUCUGCGAUACGCGUACCGCGUGGGACGACCUCGACGGCGCCGUGAAGGACCGCGUGAAAGACUAUGUGUUGUGGCACUCGCAGCACCACUCGCGCCGCCGCGCCAGCCCCGGCCACCCGCUGCUUGACGAGGAGCGGUUCCUCCCCGAGUCGCACGAGUUCGGGAAGCACAGGCUCGUGCAGGUCCACGAGCCGAGCGGGAGGACAAACAUGUACAUCGCCAACCACGCGUACCGCGUCGAAUCCCUCCCCAUCCCGGAGGGCCAGGCCGAGAUCGACCUGCUGCUAGACCACGCGACGCAGGACAAGUACAUCGCGAGCGUGGAGUGGAAGGAUGUGGGUGACCUGGUCAUCUGGGACAACACGUGUGUGAUGCACCGCGCAGUCCCCGGCGCGUUCGAGGGCAAGUUCAAGCGCGAUAUGCGCCGCACCACCGUGCACGACGGCAGCAGCUACGCUUGGGGGAUGAAUGAGGUCGGCGCGACGUGGCGCUCUGGGCUGCCGUAG